CAAAAAAAAAAAAAAAAUUGAAAAAUAAAAAUAAAAUAAACACGCACUCACACACUGUCUGACAUCAUCGUCGUCAUCCUCCUCCUCCUCCUCCUCCUCCCAUGCAUGCAUAUAACAACAAUACAGUUAGUAGAAUCAGACACUGAGUCAUCGAUUGCUGCUUGAUUAGGUUACCUGGAAAACCGAAACAGGGCCGGAAAAAUGGCGGGAAACGAUUGGAUUAACAGUUACCUGAACGCCAUCCUGGAUGUCGAUCCCGGCGGCAUCAACGACUCCAAGCAUCCGCCGUCCUUGCUUCUCCGGGAGCGAGGUCGAUUCAGUCCCGCUCGCUACUUCGUUGAGGAAGUCAUCACCGGUUUCGAUGAGACCGAUCUCCACCGCUCUUGGGCUCGAGCUUCCUCAAUUCGAAAUUCAGAAGAAAGGAACACUAGAUUGGAGAAUAUGUCUUGGAGGAUUUGGAAUUUGGCUCGCAAGAAGAAGCAGAUUGAAACUGAAGAAGCUCAGCGAGCAGCCAAGAAGCGUCUUCUCCGGAAACAGGCACGUCUGGAAGCAACAGCCGACAUGUCUGAAGAUUUAUCUGAAGGUGAAAAGGCGGACACCAUGAGUGAUCUUUCAGCUCAUGGUGGAGGAUCUGCUAGAGGUAAAAUGUCAAGGAUCAGUUCUGUGGACAUGAUGGCCAAUUGGGCUAAUCAACAGAAGGAAAAGAAGCUUUAUAUUGUGCUCAUCAGCCUCCACGGCUUGAUAAGGGGAGAAAAUAUGGAGCUUGGCCGGGAUUCUGAUACUGGAGGCCAAGUUAAGUAUGUAGUUGAACUGGCAAGAGCAUUAGGUGCAAUGCCGGGUGUUUAUCGUGUUGAUUUGCUGACAAGACAAGUUCUAGCACCCGGUGUAGACUGGACGUAUGGUGAACCAUCAGAGAUGCUGAAUCCUCCAAGCUCUGAGGAUUUCAUGCAUGAAGGCGGGGAGAGUGCGGGGGCGUAUAUAAUACGUGUACCAUUUGGCCCGAAAGAUAAAUACAUUCCUAAAGAACAUCUUUGGCCUUAUGUCUCUGAAUUUGUUGAUGGUGCACUUAGCCACAUCAUACAGAUGUCUAAGAUUCUUGGUGAGCAAACCGGCAAUGGAAAGCCACUUUGGCCUGUUGCCAUCCAUGGACACUAUGCUGAUGCUGGUAAUGCUGCUGCUCUGUUGUCUGGAGCUUUAAAUGUACCGAUGCUUUUAACUGGUCACUCACUAGGAAGAGACAAACUCGAACAAAUACUAAAGCAAGGACGGCAAUCAAGAGAAGAGAUUAAUGCCACGUACAGAAUAAUGAGACGUAUAGAAGCUGAAGAGAUAUCUCUUGAUGCAUCCGAAGUGGUUAUUACAAGCACUAGACAGGAGAUAGAAGAACAAUGGCAGUUAUAUGAUGGAUUUGAUCUUGUAUUAGAACGUAAACUCAGGGCAAGGAUCAAAAGAAAUGUGAGCUGUUUCGGUAGGUUUAUGCCAAGGAUGGUAGUUAUCCCCCCUGGAAUGGAGUUCCAUAAUACCACUUCCCAAGAUGGUGGUGAUCUGGAUGGUGAUGGUGGAGAAAAUGAUGUGGGUGCUGGAAUUCCAGAUCCUCCUAUUUGGUCGGAGAUAAUGCGCUUCUUUUCAAAUCCACGCAAGCCUAUGAUACUAGCACUAGCCAGGCCUGAUCCCAAAAAGAACUUGAUUAAUUUAGUCAAAGCUUUUGGAGAAUGCCGGCAGUUGAGGGAGCUGGCAAACCUUGUAUUCACAAUUAUACUUUGCUUCUCCUUUUCUCAGGAAUGCAUAGGAACCCUGGUGCUAUGUAUGUAUUUGAUAUUUUGUAACUGUGUCUCUUCUUUUUUUUUUUUCUUCUUUUAUUUGCAGACAUUGAUAAUGGGGAACCGUGAUGGAAUUGAUGAGAUGUCGGGCACAAAUUCAUCCGUUCUUCUUUCCAUACUGAAGUUGAUUGAUAAAUAUGACCUUUAUGGCCAUGUUGCAUAUCCUAAGCACCAUAAGCAGUCUGAAGUUCCAGAUAUAUAUCGUCUGGCAGCAAAAACAAAGGGUGUCUUCAUAAAUCCGGCUUUCAUUGAACCAUUUGGUCUUACAUUAAUAGAGGCAGCAGCUUAUGGUUUGCCAAUGGUUGCUACCAAAAAUGGAGGUCCCGUGGACAUUCAUCGGGUUCUUGACAAUGGUGUACUGGUUGAUCCACAUGAUCAGCAAUCUAUUGCUGAUGCACUAUUGAAGCUUGUUGCAGAUAAGCACCUGUGGGUGAGAUGCAGGGAAAAUGGAUUAAAGAAUAUACAUCUUUUCUCAUGGCCGGAGCACUGUAAAACAUACUUAGCUCGCAUUCUAAGCUGCAAACAGAGGCAUCCUCAGUGGCAAGGAAAUGAUGCUGACUACGACAAUUCAGAUUCAGAUUCACCAGGCGAGUCAUUGAGAGACAUACAUGACUUGAGCCUAAAAAUUUCAAUGGAUGGUUAUAAAGACGUAGUUGGUUCAAGUUUAGAUAAAGGCCUUGAAUCAGGAAGGGAGGCAACUCAAAAGAAGAGUCAGGUGGAGAAUUCUGCUUUAGCAUUGUCAGGUAAAGGUUCAAUGGAGAAAGCAGAACAAAGUGCAUUUCCUACACUGAAGAGCAGGAGUUCCAUUUUUGUUAUCUCAAUUGACUGCGACUCAUUAGAUGAACUUGUAAGGUUCACUCAGAUGAUCAUUGAGGCCGGUAAAAAAGGAAGCGGCUCUCGUGGAUCUGUUGGCUUCAUAUUAUCAACUUCCUAUACGAUAUCCGAGAUGGAUUCACUUCUGAAGUUAGGGAAGUUUAGUCCCAAAGAUUUUGAUGCUUUUAUAUGUAACAGUGGGGGCGAGAUUUAUUAUCCAUGUUCAUCCCAAGAAGGAAACGCUUCUGAUCGUCCAUUUAUAGCUGAUUCGGAUUACCAUUCGCAUAUUGAUUACCGGUGGGGAGGAGAUGAUUUGGGUAAAACUUUGGUGCGUUGGGCUGAUUCUUUUAAUCGUGAGAAGAAGAAUGGCAAGGAUGAACCUGGAGUCAUUAGUGAAUAUGCCUCGGGAUCUACACAUUACUUUGCCUUCAAAGUUAGCAAGCCAGAAUUGCUGCCUGCUGUUAGGGAAAUCAGGAAGCUGAUGAGGAAUCAAGCACUUAGAUGCCAUGUGAUACAUUGUCAAAAUGGAGUGAGGCUGAAUGUCAUACCUGUUCUUGCCUCCAGAUCCCAAGCUCUAAGGUACUUGCAACUGAGAUGGGGAAUCAAGUUGUCAAAUGUGGUGAUGUUUGUAGGAGAAUGCGGGGAUACGGACUAUGAAGGAUUGCGGGGUGGGAUUCACAAAACGGUAGUAGUGAAAGGGGUGUGCUGUGAAGCUUCCAAGAUACACAGCAGCGGCAAUUAUCCACUUGAACAUGUGUUGCCAGUUGAUAGCCCAAUCACUGCUGAAACUCAAGGCCACAAUGCAGAUGAUGUGAGGCAGUCCCUCACAAAAUUAGGUGUUGCUUAAAGGGGUUGGUUUUUUUUUUUUUUUUUUGAUAUCGUUUCUUUUAUCUGUUCAAAAUAGUCGUUUCAAUUCCGUUUGUCUUCUCUUCAGAUGUGUAGAUUUUGUGGGAUGAUGAACUAAAACUAUUUGGCUUACGUUUGGUGUAUUGGGAUAUUUUGGUGGUUUUUUUUUUAUAUAUUUUUU